UCCAGGAGGUCACAGGUGGUGGUGGUGGUGGUGGGAAGAACAAAAGACGAUCGAAGAGUAAGGAGAGGAUGGGAGCAAGCCACACUAGCCUCCUCUGCCUGCUGUCCCUGCUGGUGGCCUGCUAUCUGUUGGCACCCACGCCCACCCUUGCCGCUAACAUAUGGAGGCCCCACGAUCUUUUUCAACCCCAAAACCCAUGGAACCCCAGCAACUCAUGGAAACCACAAAACACAUUCAAGUCUUUCUUCGAGGCGCCCGUCAGGUUCGGCCGCUUCUUCCGCGACAUCUUCUACGAGAACACGCCCACCAGGGUCUUCGCCAACACCUACCACACCCCAGACUCCUGUUCCUGGCUCUUCAGUUUCAUCUGCUCCAACCUCGCGGACACGUCAGGCUCAAGCGGCUCCCGACAACUUGAUAUUUCAGUCGAUGCACAUAACCAGAAGUAACGGGAGGGAAGGGAUGGGAGGGGAUGGAGGG